AGCUGAAUCUCUGAAAAUGGGCAGCACCGCUAUUGUCCUUUAUCUCAUUUUGCAAUUAAUACAAGACACAAACACAUCUGUUGGGAACUGCAUUCCCAGAAAAACAGUAAAAUACCAAACUGGAAAUAUAAAUACUUUUAUGAAAGAAGGAUUAUCCAAUAUUUCCACUCUCCUUGUGAAUGAAGAAACCGAUACCUUAUUUGUUGGAGGCAGAGAUGCAGUAUUUGCUCUUGACUUGAAUAAUAUUUCUAGAGAAAUAGCCAGGGAAUACUGGUUUGCUACGCAGGAAAGACAACUGGAAUGUAUUCAGAGAGGAAAGGACAAGAUAAGAUGCCAGAACUACAUCCUCUUCCUCCAUAAGAUAAACGACUCCAACCUAUAUGUUUGUGGAACCAAUGCGUAUCACCCAGCUUGUGAUCAUAUGAUUAUCCAUGGGACGAACAUGAGCUUGCAAGGAAGAGCUGAAGAGAGCAGAGGGAAGUGUCCAUUCGAACCAACUCUGAAGUAUGCGUCCAUUUUUGUAGAUGGGGAAUUUUAUUCCGCUACUUCAAAUAAUUUCUUGGGGACAGAACCUAUAAUACUUCGCAGUAUGAGAAAUUCUGUGAGAACAGAGUUUAAAACAUCAUGGCUAAAUGAACCAAGCUUUGUCCACAUGGAAAUAGUGCAUGAAAGUGAAUCUAAUCCAAGUGGAGAUGAUGAUAAAAUUUAUGUGUUCUUCACUGAAACAGCUGUUGAAUUUGAAUUCUAUGACAAGCUUCUGGUGUCCAGAAUUGCCCGUAUCUGCAGAGGUGAUCUUGGUGGAAAACGCAUAUUGCAGAGAAGAUGGACAUCAUUUUUAAAAUCCCGCCUUUCCUGUUCCAUUCCAGAAUUAAACUUCCAUUUUGAUAUCAUCCAGGACAUCUUUUUACUUAGGAGAAGGAAGUGGCAGGACAGCAUAUUUUAUGGAAUUUUCUCCCAACAAUGGGGAAGAUUAGACAUAUCAGCAGUUUGUGCAUACAGCAUGAAAAAGAUUCAGGAAGUCUUCUCCAAAGGAAGCUACAAAGGACCAGUAACUGCAGAACAUUCCCCUGUGAAGUGGAUGGUAUACAGGGGAGAAGUGCCAGUUCCACGUCCUGGUGCUUGCAUUGAUAAUUUUGCCCGGAGUAUUGGGUAUAAUACUUCUUCUGACUUGCCUGACAAAGUUUUGCAGUUUGUUAGAGAUCACCCUCUAAUGGAUAAUUCUGUAAAUCCAACGGGUAACAGACCGGUGCUACUGAAGAGAGGUUCAAACUAUACCAGGAUUGUAGUAGACAGAGUCACUGGCCUAGAUAAACAAACGUACGAUGUUAUGUUUCUCGGAACAGAUGACGGAUAUUUGCAUAAAGCUUUCAAUUGUGAUGGGGAAAUGUUCAUUGUGGAAGAGCUACAGCUGUUCCCGUCUCCUGAGCCUGUACAGUCUCUCCAGCUGUCUUCCAAAAAGGGAAUGCUCUAUGCAGGGUCCCUAUCUCGAGUGGUACAGCUUCCCGUCUCUGAGUGCCACCGAUACAAGCACUGCUUGGAUUGCAUCCUGGCGCGGGAUCCGUACUGCGCGUGGUCGCAGUCUGCUAACGAAUGUGUUCCACUGGCAAAUCAGACCGGCCGUAGCAAGAAUUUAAUUCAAAGUGUGAAAUAUGGGGAUGCUUCCAGCUGCCUUAGCAUAGGUAUGUGAAUGUUUGUUUUAAGAAAGAAUAUUUUAACUUCAUGCAAUCAAAAUGCUGUGUGCUCAUGGGAAUUCUUGCAUUAUAGAAAACCACAGAAUUAAAAUCAUGUUGAUUAUUACUUUUGAUCUAAGACCAAAAAAAGCCACACUGAGCUGGUGCUGCCUAAAUUCUUUUAACCCUCUCAAUCUAAAUGCCAGGGUACUUCAGAGUGAAACUCUGACUCUCAAGGGAAGCGUGAGUGUGACCCAUUUGAAGUUACUGGUGUCCCUCCCACACCCACUUCGCAGAAAUCGCACGACACAUCAGCUGUCCUAUUAAAUCUCACUGCUUUAGGAUGCUGCUGUGCAGAUACGUGACACACUAUUCAAGAGUACAGUUAAAAAGAAGGGUAUUUGUUAUCAGCCGCUUAAAAUUGUUAUUUUUAGUGGGAUUGGGAAAUUAAUUAAUUUUAAUGUACAGUUGCAGGUGUGUGUGAUCUGGUAGUAUUACUCAGUGACUUCGUAAUGAGUUGCAAGAUAGAAUCAUAGAAUCGUUUAGGUUGGAAAAGACCUUUAAGAUCAUCAAGUCCAACCGUUACCCUAACUCUGCCAUCCCACCACUAAGCCCUGUCCCUAAGAUACGUUGCUUUCCUCGUGACACAAGAUGUACCUCUCACCUCCACUUAGGUCACUCUGAAGUCAGAGUUGUCUUUAGUCUUGUAUAUUUUGACCCGCAUGGCAAGUGAUAAUCAGGCACUCAGUGGGAUGGUUGGACAACUUUUAUGUAGCUGAUAGAAGCAUUGUGCAGGCAAAUCUAAAGAUCAGAGCAUUUCUGUGGAGAGAUGUCAUCAACCAGUACAGAAGUUGAGGCAUACAAAGGUGAAUUUAUUUAUGCAUGGCUAUGUAUACGGGUGAGGCGAAAGCAGAUUAAAAUCUGCUAGGCUUAAACUUCUAGUCCCCGAUUCGUCCUGUUACACAUCAGUGGGAAUAAGGCCAGCUUAUUGUCACUGAUAGGCAGGCCUGUUAGUAAUGGCUUUUCUUUGUCUUUACCCCUUCCCUGUUUGUUGCCCGUAGUCAGGCGGGUGAAUUAAAUUGUGUAUUUAUCUGGUUAUGUGUUUGGUUAUUUAAGUUAAGCUAAAUCCCCAGUGUUCUUACUUAAAAAACAUUAUCUUCAUAA